ACAACACGGUUCUACUUCCGGGGCAGAAUUUGAAGGCUCAAAACAUGGCUGUAGUAUCUGAAGUAUAACUAAAGCUUCAGAUUUUGGUGUAGCUGUAGAUGUAUGUUAAUAAUUCAAUACUUUCUGAAUCAUCCGAACACCCCUUCUGCCUUUAGUGUCGGACAUGGAUGCUUUCCAUUAAGCUGUAGCGCUAUGCCCAGGACUGCAGAAGACUAGCAUAAAGGUUACCGAGACACACAGCCACAACCGUAUGGUUUAUAAAGUUGUAAUAACCAUGAGGGCUGCAGUGAACUAAAGGUAGAACUAAACGUGAGUUUAUCAAGUUGCCCCCACUGUCAACAGCUACUUAAUCCUUUAGUCUCUCAAAAUGGCUUCAUUUGGCUGGAAGAGGAAGGUUGGGGAGAGGGUGUCCAAGUCCACGUUACAGCAGUUUGAGUCCGAGGCAGAGAAGGCAGGGGACCGACCCCGUAAAGAGGACGGCGUGGACUGGAUGCACGCCAUCAAGAGACGCCGGGAGGUUUUGCUGGAGGACUGCGAGACCAAGAGCGAGAGGCUGAAGGGUGAAGGUGCUUUGCUGGCCGAGGAAGGCAGGCAUUGGGAAGCCAUUAAGAAAUGGGACGAGGCCAUUCAGCUCACACCAGAAAACCAUCUGCUGUAUGAAAUGAAAUCUCAGGUGCUGUCCAUCCUGCAGGAGCUGUUCCCGGCGGUGAAGGCGGCGGAGAUGGCGGUGAAGCUGAGGCCCAUGUGGUGGGAGGGCUGGCAGACCCUGGGCCGGGCCCAGCUCAGCCUGGGCGAGGUGGACCUGGCGGUGCGCUCCUUCCAGGUGGCGGUGCACCUGAGUCCGUCGGACCCGGCGCUGCGGGAGCAGGACCUGGCCUGGGCCCAGAAGCUCCAGCGGCAGCAGCGGGCCGCCCAGGAGAGGACCCUGCAGGAGGACGAAGCCCAGCGGCUGGUGCUGGACGCGCCCGAGCUGCGGCGCGACUACGACGACUUUGAGUCGGACGAGGUGCUGGAGGCGUGCACCGCGGUGGCAGAGCGCCAGCGGCGUCUGGAGGAGCUGAGGCGGACCACGGUGGUGCUGGACGCCGACGGGAACGUCAGGAGCAUCGUGGCGCCGGCGGGGGCGGGCGGGGCUGAGACGUCCCAGGCGCCGCUGGUCAAAGCGCGGGGGCUCUGAGGCGGUCCACCGGCGGAGGUGGUAGUACGUAGCAGGGACAACACGAGCAGGGUCGCAGGACUUUAUUUAACGUAGUGCUCUAGAUGUUUAUUUUGUUUGCAGGUGGGACCCGGUUGCCCCUCCACUCGCUCAGUCCCAACGCAGGGUUAAUUAUCUGCCGCACUGCAAAGAGAGAUUUAAGUGUCAUUGUAUGUACAUAUUUGGGCUUCUGCUGCGAGGGACACAAAGGAUGCAGCACAUGGACUACUUGAUAUGUUGAAGAAAAGCAGAACGAGAAUAAUCGUAGAGGCAAUAGGUUCGCACAUUUUUUAUUGUUAUUCUGCAAAAUAAGGGAAGUUAAAUGAAAAACAUUCUUAUCUGAAGAAAGACCAAGGCACUUAACAUCUUAACAUGCUGUAUAUUCACUGUGAGGCUUCUGCUACCAGAACAUCAUUCAAUUAAAUAAAAAAACUCAAAAAUA